GGACCGUGGAGGACUCCUGCGGUGUGUGGGAGGGUGCAGCUGGGUUAUCUGUGUGUUUUUGAGUCAGUGGGAGGCUCGUCGAGCAGCAGCAGGAGCAGGAGGACUUGAAAACUUCACCGCGUCCAGCGGGAGAGAUUGUCCCCCCCCACACACCCUCGGAUAGGUGUCGGAGGAUCCCGUGGGAGCCGAGUCGGCAGCUUUGUUAUCCAGCUGUGUCCGUCAGAGAGAGAGAGAGAGAAGGACCGGUCCGGUUCUCCUCGCUGGAACCAUUUCCGGCGCCCACCAUGGAUGAUUUAGAUGCUUUGCUGGCGGACCUCGAGUCCACAACAUCCCACAUUUCCAAACACCCCCUCUUCCUGUCUGACGAGGCCGCUUACUCCAUCCCUGCUUCGGAUCAGAACCAGCAAGACAUCUGCUCUCCAUCUCAAGUCCUGCCAGAGAGUUUGAAUGGACUAGAUGAAUCCGAGUCCUUUGGCUCAGCUCAGAAAAGUCCAAACCAACACGUCGCUCAAGAGGACCACGUUUACAGUUUCCCGAACAAGCAGAAGAACAGAGAGUCGUCGUCGUCACCGGGUGCCAUGAACUCACUACUGGGCAGCAACCUGUCAGAGCUGGACCGCCUGCUGCUGGAGCUCAACGCCGUCCAGCAGAGCACCCCCGCCUUCCCCACAGAAGAAGUACCUCCACCGCUGCCUUCGAGCAGCGCCAUCCGCCACAUCCAGGAGAAUGGGUUCUCCGCUGCAGGUAAAGCUCCUCCAUCUGCCCUGGAGAACCAGAAGCGCGUCGCGGCGGCUCGGGGAACAGAGGAGGCACGGCCGAGUGUGGAGAGCCUUCUGGAUGAGCUGGAAAGCUCUGUGCCCACACCCAUUCCCACAGCCUUGGUGGUCUCAGAUGAGCCCAGUGAUGGACAUGCGGGGACCCUGUCUCCACAGCAAGCCCGAAUGUCUGCGUCCUCUGCCACACGAGAGCUGGAUGAACUCAUGGCUUCCCUGUCUGACUUCAAAGUCCAAAGCAAUUCCGGCUCUCAGUUGUCUGUCAACCAGGAGUCUGGGGACCCUUUUUUGGGUGCUGGAUCACCGGUUCCCCUGGCUGUAGCAGACCCAUCUGUAACGCCUCAGGAUACUACUCUCACUUUGGGCUCUGCUUCCCCUUCUUCUACACCUCUUUCAUUGGAACUUCACAUAGACGAGGAUGGUUACUCAGUCUCUACGUCUUCAUGUGGUUCAACUGUGAUAAUGAAAUCCUCUAAGAGCCUUCAGUAUUCUCAACUCCAACAGAAAGAUUAUGGUGGGACCGUCACGUCUGAGGUCUCACAUUUAGAGAGCUUAAGUGUCUCCGGUGCUUUGAAGCCUUCAGCCCAAACUGAAGUCUGCAGUCCUGCUCAUACUUUGAUAACAAAAGAUUUUCCAUGUAAUGAUAAUGCUACAAGGAGCUCAAGUCCAGCUGUUGUGCCCAAGAGUCCAGUUACCGAAUCUAAAAUCCCUAGUCUCAGCAAAGCAAAAAGCCCCAGUCCUGUCGACGUGAAAUCUAAAAGCUGGGUCUCUAAAAGUCUUAGUCCGCAAGUAGUUGCAAAGAGUGAAAGCCCGGUGAUAGCGCCCACUCCUCUGGAAGCAGUUCCAAGGACAUCUAGUCCCACACCUGUUCCAAGACUUUCAAGUCCAGUUCCAAAAAGUGCAAGUCCACUCACCAUCCCUGCCCUCUCGAGCCCCCUGUCUCUCCCGAGGAGUGCUAGUCCUGACACAGCUGGACGGAGUUCUAGUCCUGUAACUAUUCCAUUUCUUUCCAGUCCAGUUCCAAAGACUGCAAGUCCUCUGACUCUUCCCCAUAACUCCACUACUCUAGUCUUGUCCAAGAGCUCUGGUUCUGAAACAAUCCCUAGAACUUCCUCCCCGGUCACACUCCCAAGGCUUUCAGGUCCAGUAACGGUUCCUAAGAGUGAAACUUGGGCUCCUAGGAGCAGUCCCCAAGUCUUUAGAAAAACAUUAACUACCUCAGGCACCAGUAGCCCCAGAGCUUCUCCAGUCUCUCUUGCUACUGUACCAAUGAACACCCCAUAUUCCCCAGAAAACACAGGAGAGGUCUUGGACUUAGCGUGGCCAUGCCGUGAACCUCUGCUGGAUGACACCUUAGAUAAAAUCCUCGCUCCUGAUUCUAGUCGCCUGACUGAGAACCAGCCUCCUGUCUGUGGUGAUGAAGACAAAUCCUGGGAGGAGGAAGAUGGAAUAUACCCUGAAUUUAGCAGAGAGGGAACCUUGACACCCAUGACUGAGUCCAGCUGGAUGGAUGAGUGCUUCACCCCCUCCUCCUGUCCCGGGACGCCAGACGCAACGCUGGACCUGCCAAUGCAGCAGCCUUCCGCUGUUGAUCGACUGUCCGCAUCUGGUCAACUCAAGUCGGUUAUCCGCCGCACCAAGGAGACGUCCAACGUGCAUCCGAUGUACAGGGAGGCAUUGCUCAGACGUAAGAUGGGACCAAUUAUUGUGAAUAAAAGCAACUCUCAAGAUCGGCUCAUUGAGGAGCUGCAGGGAAAGCUGGGGAUCGGGCGAGUGGAGCGCAGGCGCAAGCAACAGCCGGAUGAUUGGCUGACGGAGGGAGUCAUCGUUAUGUCCAAUCCGCAAAGAACACGGGAGGAAGGGAUCCAGCCAUCUGUGGAUAAGAUCAUCAUCCCUCCUGAAUCACCCGCCCCCCAGAGAAAAGUCCUCCCUCCUCCGCAAUCCCCCCCAGCACCCAAAAAGCCCCCGCCAGUCAACCAGACUCCCCCACCACUACCUCCUCCACCUCCGCCUCCGACACCCCCUCCUCCUCGCGAGCCUACUCCUCCGCCCCCCAAGGAGCCUACUCCUCCGCCCCCCAGGGAACCCACACCUCCACCCGUCUUGCCCCCUCCAUCACCUAGCCCCCCACCCAAGCCCGUGACACCACCCCCACCCCCCAAGGUCUUUGUAUCGGUGGGUUGUCAGACAGAGUACGACCCAGUCUUCCCACCAAUGCAGAUCCAGUCACAGGGGAAGGCCUCGACCAGUGCUCCCGCAAAACCAGCCAACAAGUUGGACAACAUGUUGGGGAGCCUGCAGUCAGACCUCAACAAACUCGGAGUCCAGACCAGUGCUAAGGGGGUCUGUGGUGCCUGCAAAAAACCCAUCGCUGGACAGGUGGUGACCGCCAUGGGCAGAACAUGGCACCCGGAGCACUUUGUGUGCACCCACUGCCAGGAAGAGAUAGGCUCCAGGAACUUCUUUGAGCGCGACGGGCAGCCUUACUGCGAGAAAGACUACCACAGCCUGUUCUCACCGCGAUGCCACUACUGUAACGGACCCAUCCUGGACAAAGUAGUGACAGCUUUGGACAAGACCUGGCAUCCGGAGCACUUCUUCUGUGCUCAGUGCGGAUCCUUUUUUGGACCAGAAGGUUUCCAUGAAAAGGAUGGGAAGGCAUUCUGCAGAAAGGACUACUUUGACACCUUUGCUCCUAAAUGUGGCGGCUGCUCCCGGGCCAUCCUGGAGAACUACAUCUCUGCCCUCAACUCACUCUGGCACCCCGAGUGCUUCGUCUGCAGGGAGUGCUUCACGCCGUUCAUAAACGGCAGCUUCUUCGACCACGACGGCCAGCCGUACUGCGAGUCCCACUACCACGAGCGCCGCGGCUCGCUGUGCUCCGGCUGCCAGAAACCCAUCACCGGCCGCUGCAUCACGGCCAUGGGCAAGAAGUUCCACCCGGAGCACUUCGUGUGCGCCUUCUGCCUCAAGCAGCUCAACAAGGGCACGUUCAAGGAGCAGAACGACAAGCCGUACUGCCACGGCUGCUUCAUCAAACUCUUCAGUUAGGCCGCGCGUCCGCUGGAUGUGCGACGAGCGCGAUUGGGAAUGCACAAGGGGGAUUAAUGCGCGCCCUCGUGUCUGCGUGCAGCUCUCAGAUUAUUAUUAUUUUUUUUUUAAACCCAUUAUAUCAGCGGUAGCGAUGUUUGUACACUGAAAGGGACUUUCUCUGGAUUUGCCACCUUUUUACACUUUUACAAAAGACCUUUUAACGGAGCCCAAAGAGAUUUUUAUUUGGAGUUUUUGUCCCUGUGUGUGUGUGGCAGGAACAAGAAUUAAACGUUACUUCAUCCUCGCUCGUGUGCAGAACGAAUGUUUUUGAUUUGCAGAGCCUUGUCCCCGUUUAGCAGGGCGAGGCCUGCGCUGUCCGUUCUCAGCAGAUCUGAGGCGGAUCGCACGGACCGCCGACAGGAAAUAGAAAUCCCUUUUAAAUUGCUAGCAGUGUUUUGAUGAGCAGUGUUUGGACACUGGUUGUAAAAGAUGUAUUUUUCUAACUUUGGACACUUCUGAGAUGCCAUUUGAAAUAACUUAAAACCACUUUUUUUGAUAUGUAAAUGUGCACAGACACGCACCCUGUUCGCUUCUCUAACUCAGAGCGGUUUGAUCUCUUCGACUUCAAAUCUCGCAUCCAAACCACCUUUUAAAUGUCUUUCAUAUGUCGCCGUCAAUUAGUUCUCACUUUUCUACAGAUUUCGUAUGAAAACAAGUAUUUUUCAUUCUCGGCACACAUUUAUUUCACUUUCAUUUUUACAAGGGUCGCACAGAUCAGGCUCUUCCGGGUCGGUACUGAAAAUGGACAGCAGAUUCUCUGAUGGGGGUAGAAAAUGAAGCAGUUACAAGAUUAUCUACGUGUGUGUAUCAAAGCACAUGUUUCUAACUAUAGAUAGUGGAAGGAAAUAAGUGCACAACUCUGAAGAGAGAGGGGGAAAAAGAAAAAAACAUAGAUACACUAAUCAGUUGGUGCAGAGACCAGAAUCAGUCAAUUUUCCUUUUAUUGGCUCUGAUUGGUGAUCGGCUUACGUACCAAAAAAAAAUCUAAAGGAGUUUCCUGUUAAUUAAAGACAUCUAAACCAAAAACUGUACUUAAACUAACUCCUACUAUAUUCAGAGCAUAAAUGUGUAAUAUACCAGCACAUACCUUAAUGAACUUUAUCCAAGAUCAGUUUUGGGGGACAUAUGCUUUGGUUCACAUCAAUACGGAUAAUGUUGCUAUUCCUUCAUUUUGGGUAAGAUUCAAAAUGGCUACUACUAUCAAACGACCUGCAGCAUGUUCUUCUUCUUUUAUGCGUUAUAGCCCUCAGGAAAAAAAAAAUCAGAAAUGACAAAUCAGACUUCAAAGAACAUAAACAUAAAAUCGGGAAAUCCCGUACAUAUCCCUAACAUUUACCCGUUUUUUUUUUUUUCUUAACUCAAAAGAAAAAGCGCUGAAGAACAUUUUGAUAAUUAUGCAUUCAUGGGUGGAAAAUGAUUUAUCGCUUAUCGUGUUUCAUGGAUAGGAUAUAAAAUCCUAUUUGUCAACGUUUGACCUGCUGAUCAUGGAACCGACCAACGUUGGACGAUCAGUCGGUGCAUCCUUCUCAACUUUGUUUCAACUUGACUCCAGCGACGUGUGUCGUGUCAUUUACAUUUAUAAUGAGCUUAUAAAACUUUUAGUUUUUGCAUCUACUUAAAAAGAAAUCUUACUGUAUGUUAAAUGGUCAGAUUUGUUUUAAACUACAGGUACAUUUCACGAGGAAAAACAGUUUAAAAUGCUUUAAAAAAUCGAUCUUUCAGUGCUAUAAUUGCAGUAAUUGAACUAAAGAGCUAUAUUUUUUAACUAUUUUCAGCAUUUCACAGUUGCCGCCGUCGCCAUUGAUUUUACCGCUGUUUUAAACGCAUCUAUAAAAACGUUAGGGGUUGUGCGUUUUGAUCCGAAGCAUGCUCACUUUUUUUUUUUUUUUUUUAAACUUGGGAGUUUUAAAAGCACCAGCUGCCAGUUGCUGUUACAAUCACCUACAUUUCUACUCCUGUAACCCAUUUCGAUCAAAAUGUGUGUUUGUUUGUUUGUUUGUUUUUAGAGGAGUUAAAGGUUCACCCUGGUAUGCAAAGAGCUGGCUCUGUUAGCAUGUAGCCAGCCGUAAUGACAGUCGGUCUCAUUCCUUCAACACAACAGCGCCUUUUAAUUUUGUAGCGUGCAGAAAGUUAAUACGCCGACUCCACAUUUAGCUUGAUUUAAAGUGUUUUACUUGUGCCAAAUGUGUCAAUGCAAUAAUGUCUCAGACACUGUGGAGCUCCCAAGCCUUUCCUGUGAUUUUCUUCUUCUUCUUCUUCUUCCUCUGAGCUGAACUGUGGGAGUCGUGCUGCGUUUUAACCCAGCUAUACACUGUACCAGACUAGCCGUGCAGAACCUUGCUGUAGCUGAGCACACGCUGUAGCGCUCACCUGUAGCUGACUGGAGUGUGACGGAUGUGGAGAAAAACACUCGUGUUGUAUCCGCCUUACUUUGUUUUGUUGUUUUUGCUUCUGUUGGAGAACUCAUACGAGGAGAGCAAACCCUUUUUACUUUUUGACGCACCUAUGUGAACUCUGCUUUGGAAACGGAGUCGCGUCUAUGUAGCGUUUGGCUACUUGAAUUUUCUCAUGAGCUGUACAUCUGUGUGGGUGAGGUGCAAGCCUUUGUGGGUCCUGAUUGGUGAACCUCUGCAAAUAAAAGAGAUAAAAGAU